UCCGGUUUCUUCGUCUCUGAAUCUUCUUCUUUACUUGUCGUUGAUGAGAUCUUUCGGUGUUGAAUCGCUAAUCCCUGAUGAGUCUACUUUGGAUAUGCAACGUACCGAGAAACAAGUAUUUGAUGUAGGAUUGUUUGUUGAGGAUCUGGCUUUGGAUGAGGAUGCCAGGAGUGAUUAUGAGUCUCUAGAAGGGCUGCAAGAGGAACUAGAAGAAUGCAAAACUGAUGACGAAGUGUCUGACAUUCUUGCAAAAGUAUCAAAACUUUGGGAGCACACCAAGGGUGUGGAGAACAAUGUUCGCCAGGUUGAAUUGGACUCCAUGCAGGUACACAGUGGCGCUGCAGAAUCAAAAUUGACAAAAUUUGUUGAAGACAUUAUUGUUACUCCAGGAAUGGUUGAUAUAAUUGUUGAUGGAGAGGUCAAUGAAGAGUGCUUAAAGACUCUAGAGUCACUAAGAAAGAAGUUGAAAUUUGCUGAAGUUGUUAAAACAUCAAAAGCUCCAAAAGAUGUUCAGUUAGAACUGGAAAGGCUUCGGCAAAAGGCAGUCUCAAAGGUAUUUGAGUUCAUUGUGCAAAAAAUACAUGCCUUGAGAAAUUUAAAAACAAGCGUCCAGAUCCUGCAGCACAGUAUUCUUCUUAAGUAUAAGUGCUUGAUUAUUUUUCUUAAAGAACAUGGUAGGGAGAUAUAUAAUGAGGUUAAGGCAACAUAUAUUGAUACAAUGAGCAAGAUCUUAAGUGCUCAUUUUCACGCAUACAUACAAGCAAUGGGGAAAUUACAGCUGGAUAUAGCAACAGCAAGUGAUUUGAUUGGAGUCGAGGCCAGGAGCACAGGACUCUCCUUAAGUAGAGAACCUUUGAAGAAUGGUUCAGCUGUUUUUGCAUUGGGUGAUAGGAUUAAUAUUCUAAAGGAAAUUGAUCAGCCGGCAUUGAUCCCACAUACAGCUGAAGUGAAUUCUCAAAGAUAUCCAUAUGAAGUUUUGUUUAGGAGCCUGCACAAACUUCUGAUAGAUACUGCUGCUUCUGAAUAUCUUUUUUGUGAUGAUUUCUUUGGAGAAGAAUCUAUAUUCUAUGAUUUGUUUUUAGGACCAUUUGCUGUUCUUGAUGAACAUUUCAAUGUGGUACUUCCAAAUUGUUAUGAUGCCCUUGGUUUGAUGCUUAUGAUUCACAUCAUUCAUCAGCAGCAGCUGGUCAUGUUCAGGAGGCGAAUUCCAUGCUUGGAUUCAUACCUCGACAAGGUGUGUCAAUAUUUUCUUUUGUGGUCUCGUUUCAAAUUGGUAUUUGAUAUGCAUCUCAACAGUCUACGAAAUGCCAAUGUAAGUACAUUAUGGGUAGAUGAUGUCCAUCCUCACUAUGUAAUGCGGCGCUAUGCAGAAUUCAUAGCAUCCCUUGUGCACCUCAACGUUGAACACGGAGAUGGUCAGCUUGAUCUGAACUUUGAAAGAUUAGAAAUGGCAAUUGACGACCUGCUCAUUAAGCUCGCCAAAACUUUCACAAAGCCAAAGUUGCAAACCGCAUUCCUGAUAAACAACUAUGAUCUGAUAGUUGCUGUACUGAUGAAUGUACCUGGAGGUGGAAGAACAAUGAUAUACUUUGGGAAACUUCUAGAAAGCAACAUUUACAUAUUUGCCGAAGAAAUGCUGCUUGAGCAUUUCAACGAUCUGAUCAAAUUUCUGAAUUCAUGUGGCGCUGGAGAAUCAAGCUCCGGUGCGGAGAAGCCUUCGGCCACUGAUCUUGAACCGCUGGUGAGGGAUUUUUUGAGCAGACGGGAAACUGCUAUAGAGCUAAUGAACAAGGACGUCAUCACAUUUUUCAGCAACUGUUUGUGCGGCGGGAGAAAUAUUAUGGACGUGGCUACCAUAAAGCUGCACGUUUAUUAUGGAAGGCUCAGAGAGUGUGCUAGGAGAAUGGAAGGCUCCUUUGAUUGCAGGGAUCCGUUGCCAGUAUUUCGCUUAUCUUAUAAAGAUAAAUAUUUUAAGAUGGUUUAGGUAUUAUUCUUGUUUUUAAAGCACUCAUAAGGAAAAAUGGCAAAUAGAUACCUUUUCUGUUUUUUUUUCCUUUUUUUGUUUUCUCCUUUAAGUGGGCAUUGGAUGUUGUUUCUCUGAUUUGAGUAUAUUGCCGAUCAAUUUAGUUGAUCUUUGUUUCUACUAAUGUUUGCUUUGGUAACAAAUGGCGAGAGAAUUAGUUGAUA